AUGUUUUUGUUUGUCUUUCUUGUUCAAGUCUAUUCGCAGCAAUGUCUUGUCCGGCAGAUGGAUGGUGUCAAAAACUACUAUGAGGUAGUUCAAGGCACCAAUUUAUGUCCCUGUGACGGGUGUUCCUAUGAGAUUGCUGAUUGUCUUCAGGCUCCUUUAGACUUAACUCAGAAUUUUGUGAACCUUGUAGCACACUGUCCACAAGUACCGAAGAAGAUGUAUCCACUUAAUAUCACGCAACAGAAGCCUCAACAAAUCACAGCGACAAACACUUUUUUGACAUUCAAUUCACUUGAUACGGUAGUGUCCAAAUUGGUAGUAGAGGGUGAUAUUGCUAUUGUUAUGAAGAAGGGCAAAUUCAACGUGUUUGAAGCGAACAAAGGAGAGACUAAUGUCACUAUACCAAAGUGUAAAACGAAUUGUUCGAUUCAAAUGGACUCGGCAACGUUUAGUGCAUUAAAUGACUGGUUUAUUGGAAGCCACAAUUUGGUCGAUAUUAAAGCACUCACAAUCAACUGCUCGAAGACAUACCCGUCAUCCAUUCACAUUGGCGUCAAUUCUAAAAUUCACGCACAGAAAGUUGUGAUACAGGGGAAUACAGUGAUAUUCACUGAAGGACACAAGAUGAAUAACAUGUCAGGACCUCUUAUCUUGUCAAACGAAUUUGUGACGACACGACCCCUCUCGAUUCAAGUCAUUGACAAACUCCACCCACAACAAUGCGUGUUGGUCUUACAAUCAAAUUCACUCAAGAAAUUUCCAAAGACAAUGCAAUUCAAAAUCGACCAAAAUGCACUCAAUUUUGCACAGUUUGCCGUCAAAUUUGGUGAACUGAAUGAAUUGAGCGGAGAGGGAAAACACACGUACUACACUGUCAAGGGCAAUAAAGUGCAACAGAAAGUACCCGAAGGGUACAAGAUGAGUGUUGUCAAGACUAAAUAUGUGGUGAUACCAAAUCAAGUGGAGAGUGUCUACCCCGUCGACGAUUUGGAUCAAGACUACUUUGUCAACAAAACAAUUCUUCAACCCGAAGAGAAGCAGAGUUUAAGUGAAAUACUGUUAAUCAAAAUCGACUCACAGAAACACAUUAAACUGUAUUUCAAGAAUUACAAGAAGUAUGGCAUUAUGGGAAAAAAGUUUGGGAAGAAGGGGAAAAUGACGUAUCAUCUGGACUUCGAUGUCACUGCUAUGAAAGUCGACAAUGACACGUUGGUACUCACACAACAAUUUAAAAAGAAGUCCGACAUCGUCUUCCCAAUCGAAGGCGAUGAAGUCAUGACGAUACCAAGCCACUACUUCACAAAGAGAAAUAAAUAUCCAUUGAAGAACUAUGAGGUAUGGAAGAUGGAAGACGACGAGUAUUUGAUUAUGACAAAAAAGAGCGUUUUGAAUAUGUUCUCGUUUUACACCGACUCCGAUUAUAGACUUGCAAGAGUCGAUGACCAACUCUUAAUUUGUAACCCACGGAUGGUACAAGCUAAACAAAAUGCAACUGCUGUGAAUGGUACCGGAGUCGAAGAGAUUGACAAAAAUGAGAACACUUUGAAAAAGAUAGAAGAGUCUUUGAAAGUUGCCACAAGUGAAGAGGACAAGAAAGCGGAGAGCGAGAAUAAGGAAAAGAUUUCUAUCGACAUCAUCAAUAAAAUCAUUCAAGAAGUCAAGGAAAAGUCCGAACAGAACAAACAAAGUGGAGAGAACAAAGACACACAGACGGAAGACAAGAAGGAGGAAUCAAAACCAGAAUAA